GGAACAGCCAACUGGCCAUGAAAUGGGUCGUCGACCACCUCCUCUCCGGCGCCUCCCACAUCAUUAUCCUCCACGUCGCUGCCCACCAUCCUGCAGCCAACCGUACAUGGAUUUGCCAUGGCUGAGACGACACAGGACGCGCUGGAGGCUGAAAUGAAGGAGAUCUUUGUCCCAUUCAGAGGAUUCUGCUCCAGGAAUGGGGUGCAAGAAUCGGAGGUGAUACUGGAAGAGGCAGACGUUUCCAAGGCCAUCAUAGACUACAUCACUGCGAACAAGAUCCAGAGCAUCGCGCUCGGCGCAUCCAACCGGAACGCGUUCACCAAGAAAUGGAAGAACCCCGACGUGCCGUCCAGCUUGAUGAAGGGCGCGCCGGACUACUGUAACAUCUACGUUGUCGCCAAGGGCAAGCCCGUCAACGUCAGGCUCGCCAAGUGCGGCGUGCCGGCCGACGACAGCGACUUUGCCGUCGGGACCUACUCCAGGAGGAGCUCCAGGGGGCAGCUGCCGCCGGUGAUGCCAGAGUCAGUCUCCUGCAGCAGGCGAUCCGUCGACAGGAACUUCGGGCCCGAGCUCACCACGCGGCCGCCGUUCCGUGAGCGCUCGCUGACGGCGUCGGCGACCAAACCCUACCAUCUGUCGGGAAGGAUCGACAGCACCGACGGGUCCUACCGCAACAGUCUGCGGAUCAACAGCACCCACGACCCCUCCAACUCUAGUGUCGACCCCGACUUUGGACAGGCGGUGCAUUUCUCCUCCAUGGACUUUGGGGAGAAUAUCGACGCGCUCUCCCUCAGUCCCCGGGAUUCCGGCUCACCUCUAUCCACCGUGAGUUCCUUCAUGAUGAAGGCCCAGCGCGAGGUGGAGGCGGAGAUGAGGCGGCUGAAGCUGGAGCUGAAGCAGACGAUGGACAUGUACAACGCCGCGUGCAAGGAGGCUAUCAACGCGAAGCAGAGGGCCAAGGAGAUGCACCUCCUCAAGAUGGAAGAGGCGCGGCGGCUGGAGGAGUCCCGGCAGGCCGAGGAGGCCGCAUUGGCGCUGGCCGAGAUGGAGAAGGUCAAGUGCCGAGCCGCUAUGGAGGCUGCCGAGGCGGCGCAGCGUCUGGCCGACCUGGAGGCGCAGCGUCGCCGCAACGCCGAGGUGCGCGCGCGCAGAGAGGCCGACGAGAAGGUGCGCGCUCUGGACGCCAUCGCAAGCCACGACUUACGCUACCGCAAGUACAGCAUCGACGAAAUCGAGCUCGCCACCGAGAGCUUCUCCGAGAGCCUCAAGAUCGGCGAGGGCGGCUACGGCCCCGUGUACAGCGCCAGCCUCGACCACACGCCAGUGGCCAUCAAGGUUCUCCGCCCGGACGCCCAGCAAGGGCGGAAGCAGUUCCACCAGGAGGUGGAGGUGCUCAGCUGCAUCCGCCACCCCAACAUGGUGCUGCUCCUCGGCGCCUGCCCGGAGUACGGGUGCCUCGUCUACGAGUACAUGGAGAAUGGAAGCCUCGAGGACCGUCUGUUCCGGCGCGGCGGCACGCCGACGCUCCCGUGGAGCCAGAGGUUCAGGAUCUCGGCCGAGAUCGCCACGGCGCUGCUGUUCCUUCACCAGACCAGGCCGGAGCCGCUGGUGCACCGGGACCUCAAGCCGGCCAACAUCCUGCUGGACCGUAACUACGUGAGCAAGAUCAGCGACGUCGGGCUGGCCCGCCUCGUGCCGCCGGCAGUGGCAGACAGCGUGACGCAGUACCGGCUGACGGCGACCGCGGGAACCUUCUGCUACAUCGACCCGGAGUACCAGCAGACGGGCAAACUAGGCGUGAAGUCAGACAUCUACUCCCUCGGCGUGCUGCUACUGCAGGUGGUCACCGCGCGGCCGCCCAUGGGUCUCACGCACCACGUCGAGAAGGCCAUCGAGGCCGACACCUUCGCCCAGAUGCUCGACAUCACCGUCAAGGACUGGCCCGUCGAGGAUGCGCUCGGGUUCGCCAAGCUCGCGCUCAAGUGCACGGAAAUGCGGAGGAGGGACCGACCGGACCUCGGCACCGUCAUCCUGCCGGAGCUCAACCGGCUCAGGAACCUCGGCAUCGCCUACGACCAGGCGCGCGCUGCUAGCGGCGACAGCAGCUCGCACGGGCAGGAGAGGACCAAUGUCAGCUCACCGACGGUUGACGGAGCGUGUGCGUGGAGAACGGCACAGAGUUAGCGUUUGGCGCACGCAGGGUUAAUUUUAUGUAACUCCGUGUCAGAUAGAGAGUGAGCUUAUGAGGGGAGAGGGACAAUGUGGUUGUCCUCGUUCUUUUUUGGGUUAUGAAGAUUCUUAAUUGCCUUGAUGUAUGUAGUUUCUCGCAUGCUUAACAUUGACAUGUUUGUAGUGCGGGCUCGUGAUUACCUUGG